UCUGCACCCUGGGGAAGUGGGGAGACCAGAGCAGUGGCAGGAGAUCACAGAGCACGAGGACUGUGCGGAUAGGUGACCCCGGCGACCCCAGACAGUCGGCGCGCAGCGAUGGCGACCGAGAGCAGCCUCGAAUUAGGAAGGGACCCCGUCCACACAAGACCCGCUCAGCAGAACCCACAGGAUCAGCUGUUUUCGUCCGCGGAGGAAGACAGCAGCCUGUACUUCACCUAUGGAGGGCGCCGUAAUGAGCUCGAGGUCAGGAACCUGCACUAUGAGGUGGACACGGCAGCACAGAUACCGUGGUACGAGAAGCUGUCUGAGUUCAAGAUGCCCUGGGAGAUGCAGUGCAGCAAGCAGAUGGCCAUCGAGGGCCUCAACCUCCGUGUCCACAGCGGCCAAAUGCUGGCCGUCAUCGGCAGCUCAGGCUGUGGGAAAACCUCGCUGCUGGACAUUGUCACAUGCCGGGAUCAGGGCGGCACCGUGAAGUCAGGCCAGGUGCUGGUCAACGGGCGGCCCAGCACCCCCCAGCUGGUGCAGAAGAGCAUCGCCCACGUGCGGCAGGACGACCGCCUGCUGCCCCACCUCACCGUGCGCGAGACGCUGGCCUUCGUGGCCAAGCUGCGGCUGCCCACGCACUUCACCCAGGCCCAGCGAGACCAGCGGGUGGACGACGUGAUCGCGGAGUUGCGUCUGCGGCAGUGCUCCAACACCAGGGUCGGCAACGAGUACGUGCGAGGCGUGUCCGGAGGAGAGAGGCGGCGGGUCAGCAUUGCCGUGCAGCUGCUGUGGAACCCAGGCAUCCUUAUCCUGGAUGAGCCCACCUCAGGUCUGGACAGCUUCACAGCACACAACCUGGUGAUCACUCUGUCACGUCUGGCCCGGGGGAACCGGCUGGUGCUGCUCUCGGUCCACCAGCCACGCUCGGACAUCUUCCAGCUCUUCGACCUGGUGGUGCUGCUCUCCUCCGGCUCAGCGGUGUAUUUUGGCCCUGCCCGUGACAUGGUGCCCUACUUCACCACCCUGGGCCACCCCUGCCCCCGCUACUGCAACCCCUCCGACUUCUACGUGGACCUGAUCAGUAUUGACCGGCGUAGCCCAGAGCGCGAGGUGGAGUGUCUGGAGCGGGCUAGGGUGCUGGCUGCCCAAUUUGUGGAGAAGGUGAAGGGGACUACAGACUUUAUGUGGAAGGGUGAGGAGGCCAGUGCUGCCAUCGAGCCCCCCAGCAGCAAGCUCUCCUCGACACCCCAGGAGCAGGUGAUCGCCGUGUCCAAUCAGAAGGACCGCCUGCCCGGCCACUGGCAUCAGUUCACCACCCUGUUGAGGAGGCAGGUAUACAAUGACUUCCGGGACCUGGUCACCCUGCUGGUGCAUGGGCUGGAGGCCCUUCUGAUGUCCCUGCUCAUUGGCUUUUUGUACUUCGGAGCGGGAGAGUCACGCCUGUCUGUGCAGGACACUGUGGCCCUCCUUUACAUGAUGGGGGCGCUAACUCCCUUUGCGGUGGUGCUGGACGUCAUCGCCAAGUGUCACUCCGAAAGAGCGAUGCUGUACCACGAGCUUGAAGAUGGAAUGUACUCAGUUACAUCAUACUUCUUUGCCAAGGUCUUGGGGGAGCUUCCUGAGCACUGUGUCUUCACGCUGGUGUACGGAGUACCCAUCUACUGGCUGGCGGGUCUGAACGGGGCGCCGGACCGCUUCCUGCUGAACUUCCUGCUCACCUGGCUGGUGGUGUACUGCAGCCGCUCCAUGGCGCUCUUCGUGGCGGCGGCCCUGCCCACGCUGCAGACCUCGGCCUUCAUGGGCAAUUCGCUCUUCACCGUCUUCUACCUCACGGGCGGCUUCGUCAUCAGCCUGGGCAACAUGUGGCUGGUGGCCUCUUGGUUCUCCUACAUCUCCUUCAUGCGCUGGGGGUUUGAGGGAAUGCUGCAGGUCCAGUUUCGAGGACUCAAGUACCCAAUCACCAUGGGAAAUUACACCUUAAACAUCGAUGGGAUAUUAGUGGUAGAAGCCAUGGAAAUGAAUCAGUACCCUCUGUACUCGUGCUACCUCGUACUCAUAGCGGUUUGCAUCGUCUUCAUGUUGCUCUACUACCUGUCUCUGAAGUUCAUCAAACAGAAGUCCAGCCAGGAUUGGUGAAGAUCAUUGUGUUCUGGGGUCCGAUUCCCCAAUUCGAUCAUUAGGCCUACCAUCUGCAGAACCACAGCCUGCCACUGGAGGGCAGCAAAGCACUGCAGUUUCAGCCCCGCAGAAAAAAGACACAAAUGAGUUUUUUUUGACAAAUGUUUUGUCCAGUUUACAUCUGCAAGCAACUUGUGGUCUCCUUUUCAAAGCUUGAUUUUAUAUUAUUUGCAAAGAUUAUAAACA